AUGUCACAAGUUUAUGAUAGACCUAUUAUUAAUAAUGAUAAUAAUAAUAAUAAAUUAUUAUGGAAUAAUGAAAUCCCAAUUAUUGAUUAUCAUAUUAAAUAUCCAUAUGAUAUAAUGAAUGAUACUGUUAUUAGAAAUCAAUUAACAUCACAUAUUGAUAAUAUUUGGGAUUAUUCAUAUAAUUUACCAAGAACUACAUAUUUCCCUAUAACUACCAUUGAUACAUUACCUGACAAUUCAUUUGUAUGGUCAGAUUCAUCAUCAAUGACAUCAUUUUAUCCAUGGAAUAAUGAACAAUUGACUUUAUCACAACAACAACAACAGCAACAACAACAACAUCACCAGCAGCAGCAGCAGCAAACAUUCUGGUUAGAUAAUCAUCAUGAAAUCAAUUAUCAUAAUUUAUCAAUAGAAGAUGAGAUUGUAGAAAAUGAAUUUCAGAAUAGUAAAAAUUAUUUAUCAACUUUAACUGAUACAAAAUAUUCAUCUAGUCAUUUUGAACAAUUUGAUAGUUUACAAAUGAAUACUACUAAUACUACUAAUAAACCUAAUACAAUUACUACUUAUAAUAAUCAAACUACUGAUAUGGAAAAUGAAAUUAAUACAUCUAUGUUAUCCUCAUCAUCAUUAUCAAAUGUUAAAAUAAUGUCAUCUUCAACAACAACAACUACAUCAUCAUCAUCAUCAUCAUCAUCAUCAGCGUUAUUGGCUUAUUUAAAUUUGGAUAAAAUUAAGGUCAUUGAAAAUUUGAUGGAUUCAAAUAAAAAUCAUACUCAAUCAGAAUUGAAUUUAGUUCAAUGUUCAAGAAAUAUUAAAACAAACAUUAAAUCCACUAUUCAAUCAAAUGAAUCAUUUAAACUUCCAAAUCAUAAUGGUCAUUUUAAAAGUUUCUAUAAAACUGAUUAUGAUAUUUAUCAGAAUACAUUAAAUAUCAAUAACAUAGCUCAUGUAAAUUUAUUAAAAUCUACUACAUCAGAAGAAUUACAAACUCAACGUUUUCUAGCUAAUGUUCGUGAAAGACAACGUACACAAUCAUUGAAUCAAGCAUUUUCUGAAUUACGUCGUAUUAUACCAACAUUACCAUCGGAUAAAUUAAGUAAAAUACAAACACUUAAAUUAGCUACACGCUAUAUUGAUUUUUUAUCUCAAGUACUUGAGACAUCAACACCACCAUCAUCAAAAUCAUCGUCAUUACGAACAACAGGAACAGUUGUAUCAUCAUCAUCACCAUCUAACAAUGACCAAUCGAGUGAAUUUGUAGAUGAUAUCUAUCCAAUGACAAGUAAAUAUCCUAUUUCUUGUUUAACUAAUAAUAAUAAUAAUAGCACCCAAUUGACUGAUCCUUCAUUCUUAUCAACUGAUUAUAAUCCUAUUGAAAAGUUGAAAUGUUUAACACCACAUAAUGAAUAUAAUUUGUACAAAAUUAAUCCGUGCCAGUGUAAAUUUGAUUUUAAUGAUUAUAGUCAAUUGUCAUCUUCAUCAAAAUCAUCAUCAUCAUCCCCGUCAUCAAUAUCCCCUUCAUCAUCAUCAUCAUCGUCAUCAUCCUCAUCGUCAUCGUGUUCCCCAUUAUCGUCAACAUCUUCAAACUCUACAUCAGAGAUAACAGUAUUUUGUAAUGAAAAUAAUACAAGUACUAAUACUAAUAUGAAUAAUAAAUACAGAUUUUUAGUGAAUGAUUUAGAUUAUUUGAAUAAAUUUUCAUCAUCACCAUCAUCUACAACUUCACAACCAUUUAUAACAUCCGAGAUAACAACAUCGACAAUAAUGAAGACAUCGACGAUGAUCACGACAAUAACAACAACAGCAACAACCACCACCACAACAACAGCAACAUCCAUUUAUCCAAAUCAAGGUCUAAGUUAUGCAUUUUCAGUAUGGCGUAUGGAAGGUGCAUGGUUGUCAACUCAUGACACUAAACUAUAA